GACCCUGCGGGAUGCCCUGGAUUCCCAUUCCCAUUCCCGGCUCCUGCCCGGGGCCGCCGUGCCGGGGCUGCUGCUGGCCGAGCUCCGCGCCUACAAAUCCCUGCGGAGCCCCACGGCAGCCGAGCGCUACGGGGUGAUCUGCGACCUGCUGGGCCCCGCGGGAACGGGGGAUCCCGAGGGAAGUGUGGAUCCCGAGGGAACGGCGGAUCCCGGCCGGAGCCUGCCCAGGGCGGUGGCGCUGCUGGAGCUGGCGCAGCUGCUCUGCAGCCACAGCUUCGCCCCCCACACUGACUGCUCCGCCCUGGACGCCAUCCAGGAGGCCCUGAGGCUGCUGGAGUCGCUGGCCCAGCAUUCCCAAGCCCAGAAUUCCCAAAUCCGGGAUCAGCUCCUGGACGAGCGCGCCCAGGCCCUGCUCUGGCUCCACAUCUGCACCCUGGAGGCCCUCAUGGAAAAGAGCGUGGCUCGGGAGCGGCGCGGGCGGCGCCGGAACGCGGAGCUGCCGGAUGGAUCCGAGGGGAGCGCGGGAGAGCGGCCGGAGCCGCGGGACGGGAUCCGCUGCAGCCUCAGCUCCGACAGCGCUCUCUCCAAACCCUUGGACGAAGCCGUUUCCCUGUGGGAGCAGCUGCUGGAGAACGCCGGGGUUCCGGCGCUGCGCAGCCCGGAGCAGAGCGCCGGCUCCCUGCAGCUGCUGGCCGCGCUCUUCCUCAUCCAGGGAAAGCCCCUGCAGGCCCUGCGGAGUCUGCGGCUGCUCCGGUCCCUGUGCCGGAGGCUCGGGGAUGGAACGGGAGAGGCCGAGGCCCUGAGCCAGCUGUGCCGGAUCCUGCUGCAGCUGGAAUGUCCUGGCCACGCCCAGGUUUUCCUGGAAGAGUUGGAAUCGUGCCUGGAGGAGGAGGAGGAGGAAGGCAGCGACGAUUCCCGGCUGCUCCUGCGCCAUUCCCGGCUCCUGCUGCGCAGCCAGCUCUGCUGCCUCCAGAACCAG